CCUGAUCAUCCAAAUUUCCCCAGCCCAAGGGCAUAUACCAUGGCCACUGAGGAGGCGGAUACCCAAUUCUGGGUAGAUAAGGCCCAAAAUAUUUUGGCCCAUAAACUACAGACCUAUAAUCAGCUGAACAACAAAAGGGCCAAGAAUAUUAUUCUCUUCUUGGGUGAUGGUAUGUCUGUACACACUGUGACAGCUACCCGUGACUUUAUGGGUGAUAGCAGUAUGCAGGUGUCAUUUGAAAAAUUCCCCUAUACCGGAUUAUCGAAGACCUAUGCUGUGGAUAAACGCACGCCGGAUUCAGCCUCAACGGCCACGGCAUAUUUGAGCGGUGUGAAGGGUAACUAUGGUACGAUUGGUGUGAAUGCCAAGGUGCCCAAAUAUGAUUGCUACAAGGCCAACGAUACUUCGACUCACACCGAAAGUUUGGCUAAAUGGGCGCAGGAUGCUGGCAAGUGGGCCGGUUUGGUAACCACAGCUCGAGUGACACAUGCCUCACCGGCUGGUGUCUAUGCCCACACUGCCAACCGUGCCUGGGAAUAUGAUGAGGCCAUAAUCGAAGAUGGCUGCAGCCCUGAAAUAAAUGUUGACAUUGCCCGCCAACUGGUGGAAUGGCCGGUGGGUAAGGAGCUACGUGUGGUACUCGGUGGAGGACGCCGCAAUUUCCGUGAUAAGACCAUGAACGAUGAAGAAGGCCAACCCGGUUUGCGUAGUGAUCGUCGGGAUCUAAUCAAAGAAUGGUUGGAUGGCAAACGUGCGGAAAAGAAAUCCGCUGAAUAUGUAUGGUCCAAGAAGGGUCUGGAAAUGGUGGAUAUUAGCAAAACGGAAUAUCUUAUGGGGUUGUUUAGUCCCUCCCACUGUCCCUAUCAUGGUGAUUUGAAACGGAAUCGCUUGGAAAAUUCCGACCCCUCAUUGUCGUUGAUGACCCAAAAGGCCAUUGAGCUGUUGAGUAAAAAUGAAAAGGGAUACUUCUUGUUUGUGGAGGGUGCCCGUAUCGAUAUGGCUCAUCAUGAUUCGAGGGCCCAUAAAUCUCUGGAGGAUACGGAGCAGUUUGCCAAGGCUGUUGAGUUGGCAAGAAAUAUGACCAGUGAAGAGGAUACGCUGAUUGUGGUGACGUCGGAUCAUUCGCAUACUAUGUCGCUGAAUGGUUAUCCGUACCGUCGUCAAAACAUUUUCGAAUUGGCUCCCGGUAAGGCCUCGGAUGGCUUACCCUAUACCAUUCUCUCCUAUGCCAAUGGUCCUGGCUACUCCAAGACUUUCUCCUCAAAGACAGGACGUCGCGACUUGAGCAAAUAUGAUACUCAGGAUCCUUCAUAUCGUUUUAUGGCCACUGUACCCCUGGACUCAGAAACACAUGGUGCCGAUGAUGUUGGUGUUUUUGCUUCCGGUCCCAUGGCGCACUAUUUUGUUGGCAAUUAUGAACAGACUAAUAUUCCUGCAACUAUGGCCCACAUUGCCAAUAUUGGUCCAUUUGCUGAUGAUAGACUUUGA